AUGAUCAGCAAGGUCACUAUCGCUCUCCUCGCUGCCACCCUGGCAUUCAUGCAUGUCCGCGGCGAGUCCCAUACCGUCACUUUCACCAAUAACUGUGGCUAUGGAACUCCUUACUUGUGGGGACCUGACGGCGCUCUCCUCUCCACCGGUGGUGCUUAUACCAGCAAUGGUCCUGCUGAUGGUUUGAUUGCCUACUUGCAAACUGGCAAUUGUGGCAACAAUGGUGAAGGCUGCACUUUAGUCGAAGCGUCUCUCAACAACGUCGACAGCAGUGCUGAUAUCUCGCUUAUUCCUCCGCACGAGUUCUCCGUAACGAGUGGGUUCGGCUACUACAAUGGUUGCGACGGUGCAGGCGCAGAUUGCACCUAUGACGGCUGUCCCGAUGCCUUCUACAAUUCGGGCGAGACCGGAGUCCAAGUUGGCUGCUCAGCCGCUAACGUUGACCUGGCCAUCACGUUCUGUGACUGA